AGUCGCCUGUUUCUGUUUAAAUGACAUCUUAGGCAAGUCCGCGAUCUCCUCGUUUCUCAUCCUUCAAUUUUAAGAAUCGAUUUCUCCCACGGCCAUUAAAAUAAUCAUUAUUGAAUUCCGUGCAUUAUUUUGCUUAAAAAUUCCACGAUACUUAAUUCAAAAUGCGUGAAAUUGUUCACAUCCAAGCCGGCCAAUGCGGCAACCAAAUUGGCGCCAAGUUUUGGGAGGUGAUUUCAGACGAGCACGGCAUCGAUCCUACGGGCACGUAUCACGGAGACUCGGAUCUCCAGCUGGAACGGAUCAACGUUUAUUACAACGAAGCCUCCGGACCGAAAUAUGUGCCGCGCGCGAUUUUGGUGGACCUCGAACCCGGCACGAUGGACUCCGUGCGUUCGGGGUCCUUCGGACAGAUAUUCCGACCGGACAACUUUGUGUUCGGCCAGUCGGGGGCCGGCAACAACUGGGCCAAGGGUCACUACACCGAAGGCGCCGAGCUGGUGGACUCGGUGCUCGACGUGGUGAGGAAGGAGGCCGAGAACUGCGACUGCCUGCAGGGAUUUCAGCUGACGCACUCCCUGGGCGGUGGCACCGGAUCCGGUAUGGGCACUCUGCUCAUCACGAAAAUACGAGAAGAGUACCCGGACAGAAUCAUGAGCACCUUCUCCGUGGUACCGUCUCCCAAGGUUUCCGAUACAGUCGUGGAGCCCUAUAACGCUACUCUCUCGGUUCAUCAACUGGUAGAGAACAGCGAUCAAGCCUAUUGCAUAGACAACGAAGCGCUCUACGAUAUCUGCUUCCGUACUUUGAAAUUGACUACUCCUACGUACGGUGAUUUGAAUCAUCUGGUUUCGGCUACCAUGUCCGGCGUGACAACCUGUCUAAGGUUUCCAGGGCAAUUAAACGCAGAUUUGAGAAAACUCGCGGUGAACAUGGUGCCGUUUCCCCGUCUCCACUUCUUCAUGCCGGGUUUCGCGCCCCUCACGUCCCGAGGGAGCCAACAGUACCGGGCUCUCACGGUGCCGGAACUGACGCAGCAAAUGUUCGACGCGAAGAACAUGAUGGCGGCCUGCGACCCACGGCACGGUCGUUAUCUCACCGUGGCUGCCAUCUUCCGCGGCAGGAUGUCGAUGAAGGAGGUGGACGAGCAGAUGCUCAACAUCCAGAACAAGAACAGCUCGUACUUCGUCGAGUGGAUACCGAACAACGUGAAGACGGCGGUGUGCGACAUUCCGCCGCGCGGCCUCAAGAUGUCCGCUACUUUCAUCGGCAACUCCACGGCGAUUCAGGAGCUGUUCAAGAGGAUCUCCGAGCAGUUCACGGCGAUGUUCAGGAGGAAGGCCUUCCUCCACUGGUACACCGGCGAGGGUAUGGACGAAUUGGAGUUCAACGAGGCGGAGUCGAACAUGAACGACCUCGUGUCGGAGUAUCAGCAAUAUCAAGAGGCGACGGCGGACGAUUACGAGGACAUGGAUGAAGAGGAAAUGGAGAAGUAGAAGAGAGACGGGGAUCGAACGUGGAGGAUCGCGCGCGUUUGCAACACUUUUUGACGGCUUUUUUAUAUAAUUCUUUUGUACCUGUUUUUACUCUUUUGUGAACGUUUUACAACGUUUUAUAUGUGUCGUUUUGUAUACAUACAUUUUUAGGAGAACGUUUUAACUAUUUGUACGUUUACUUCAGUGAAGUUUUAUAAAAGAUGAUAUUGGCAAAA